UUCAGGAUGCUUCAGGUAACCGGUAGAAUUGCCCUGGCGGGCUGAAUUUAAAAGAAAGCUAAAUUGCGCAGUCCAAUAUCAAUAAACAAUCGGACCUUUAGCCUUUACAACUUAUCAGCUAUAAAGUUUCAUGUAUAUUCUUAGAACGUUCUCGAAGAGGGCGGUAGAGAAAUCUGAAGUCUUUUUGUGUUCGAAAACUUGGUUUAGAUCAAACAACAACAUGAGUGGAGUAUUUUUUCCUAUUUCUGAAACCAAACAUCUUGCUCCAGGCUCAACAUGUCCUGAAGUAACACCAGGUCUGAUGCGAUUGUAUAAUAUGAAAUUCUGCCCAUAUGCUCAGCGGACCAGACUUGUUUUAGCUGCCAAAAGAAUUCCGAAUGAGGUUGUAAAUAUAAACUUGGUUGCAAAGCCUGAUUGGUAUUUUGCUAGAAAUCCACUUGGCAAAGUUCCUUGCUUGGAAUUUGAUGGGAAAGUGAUAUUUGAAAGUUUAAUCACUUGCGACUAUCUUGAUGAAGUGUAUCCUAGUUCACCAAUGCUGAACAGUACUGAUCCUUUUCGCAAGGCACAAGACAGGAUUUUGAUUGAAAUGUUCAAUGAGGUCAAUAGAAACUUAUAUAAACUAUACCGCUGUAGUUUGGAUGAUGAGUCCACUUGGAAAGGAGCUAUUGUUGGUAUCCACAAGGGUUUACAGAUUUUUGAAGAUGACCUAGCAAAACGAGAAAUAAAAUUUUUUGGAGGCCAGAAUCCUGGGAUUGUAGAUUACAUGAUAUGGCCUUGGAUGGAGAGAUUGCCUACAUUGCCUAUUUUGAGCCAUGGGAUGCUAAAAGUUCAAAUGGAAAAUUAUCCUUCUUUGGUAAAGUGGUUUGAUGCCAUGAAAGAAGACGAUGCGGUCAAAGAAAGUUUCAUUUCUCCUGAAAAUCACGCAAAAUUUAUUACAAGUUUUCUAGCUGGGAAUCCGGAAUAUGACAUGGAAAUCAAUAAAUAAAAAAGAUUAAACAGGAACUAUGCAGACCACAAACAUUUUAAAUUAGCUUCUCUUCCUGUUACGGUUGUUUCAAAACGUAUCUUAAUUCUGGUUGUUUGCGUGGUCGCCUGCUUCAGGAUCAUCAUGGAAGAGACUAUCAGCUUUUUCUCGGAGAUGCGAAGCCUUUUCUUCUAUAAAAAACCCAGAGUGCUCA